CAGGUCCGCGAGGUCCCGCUCGCGCAGUCGUCUGGGCGAGCGAAGAUGGCGGCCGAGAGGGAGCCUCCUCCGCUAGGGGACGGGAAACCCACCGACUUUGAAGAGCUGGAGGACGGAGAGGACCUGUUCACCAGCACUGUCUCCACCCUAGAGUCAAGUCCAUCAUCUCCGGAUCCAGCUAGCUUUCUUGCAGAAGAUAUUAGUACGAACUCCAAUGGUCCAAAGCCUGCAGAAGCUGUGCUAGAUGAUGACAGAGAAGAUCUUUUUGCAGAAGCUACAGAAGAAGUUUCUCUGGACAGUCCAGAAAGGGAACCUAUACUCUCCUCAGAACCUUCUCCUGCAGUCACACCUGUGACCCCCACAACACUCAUUGCUCCCAGAAUUGAAUCAAAGAGUAUGUCUGCUCCUGUGAUCUUUGAUAGAUCCAGGGAUGAGAUUGAAGAAGAAGCAAAUGGAGAUGUUUUUGAUAUAGAAAUUGGUGUAUCAGAUCCAGAGAAAGUUGGUGAUGGCAUGAAUGCUUACAUGGCUUAUAGAGUAACGACAAAGACUUCUCUUUCCAUGUUCAGUAAAAGUGAAUUUUCAGUUAAAAGAAGAUUUAGUGACUUUCUCGGUUUGCAUAGCAAGUUAGCAAGCAAAUAUUUACACGUCGGUUAUAUUGUGCCACCAGCACCAGAAAAGAGUAUAGUAGGCAUGACCAAGGUCAAGGUGGGUAAAGAAGAUUCAUCCUCCACAGAAUUUGUAGAAAAACGGAGAGCAGCUCUUGAAAGGUAUCUUCAAAGAACAGUAAAGCAUCCAACUUUACUGCAGGAUCCUGAUUUAAGGCAGUUCUUAGAAAGUUCGGAGCUGCCUAGAGCAGUUAAUACACAGGCUCUGAGUGGAGCAGGAAUAUUGAGGAUGGUGAACAAGGCUGCCGACGCUGUCAACAAAAUGACAAUCAAGAUGAAUGAAUCGGAUGCAUGGUUUGAAGAAAAGCAGCAGCAAUUUGAAAAUCUGGAUCAGCAACUUAGGAAACUUCAUGCCAGUGUUGAAGCCUUGGUCUGUCAUAGAAAAGAACUUUCAGCCAACACAGCUGCCUUUGCUAAAAGUGCUGCCAUGUUAGGUAAUUCUGAAGAUCAUACUGCUCUGUCUAGAGCUUUGUCUCAGCUUGCAGAGGUCGAGGAGAAGAUAGACCAGUUGCAUCAAGAACAAGCUUUUGCUGAUUUUUACGUGUUUUCAGAACUACUUGGUGACUACAUUCGUCUUAUUGCCGCAGUGAAAGGUGUGUUUGACCAUCGAGUGAAAUGCUGGCAGAAAUGGGAAGAUGCCCAAAUUACUUUGCUCAAAAAACGUGAAACUGAAGCAAAAAUGAUGGUUGCUAACAAACCAGAUAAAAUACAGCAAGCUAAAAAUGAAAUAAGAGAGGAAAUUGAAGAGUGGGAGGCAAAAGUACAACAAGGAGAAAGAGAUUUUGAACAGAUCUCUAAAACAAUUCGAAAAGAAGUGGGAAGAUUUGAGAAAGAACGAGUGAAAGAUUUUAAAACUGUUAUUAUCAAGUACUUAGAAUCAUUAGUACAAACACAACAACAGCUGAUAAAAUACUGGGAGGCAUUCCUACCUGAGGCCAAAGCCAUUGCCUAGCAAGAAGAUUAUUCCUGUUAAGAAGAUCUUGGAUGCUUGUUCCAGUUAUGCAGAAUUCCAUAGUGAAAUCAUUAAAAACCAUCUAAAUAAACCACUAUAUAUUUUAUGAAUUACAUGUGGUUUUUUAUAAAUAUAUAUUCUGACAUUUUAUUACAAGCUGCAUGUCCUGACCCUCUUUGAAUUAAGUGGACUGUGGCAUGACAUUCUGCAAUACUUUGCUGAAUUGAACACUAUUGUGUCUUAAAUACUUGCACUAAAAAGUGCGCUGCGAGGCCAGAAAAUUUUACAAUAUUUUUUCUUUACAGUAUGUUCUGUAGUGUGUUCACCCUCUUUAUGAAGUGAAUUAUCAAUGCAUUGAUUAAUGUUCACUUAUACAUUCCUGUACAGAAAUUAUGAUUUUGUGAUUACAGUAAUAAAAUGAUAUUCCUUGUGAAGUAUUAGUAACAAAUUAUUUGGGUAUGUAAACAUAUUAGAGGUCUUUUGAAAGCAUUUUAAUACAAAGAAGCUUUUUCUUUUAGAUGUAUUUAGGUGAUGCUAUGAUCAUUAAUUUUUUAAUUGACCAAAAAAGCUAAACUCUUUCAUUACUAAGUCACUAAAUGAAGGUUAAUUAAGUUUUGUUUUUGCAAAAUCAUCAUAAACCAAAGAACAUUUAUCUCUUGGUUCAGCUUUGGGGAAUGCUUUUGUCUUGAGUAGAGGAGUAAUAGUUGUCUUGUUUUUUAUCCUUUCCUAUUAUAAGUGCCCAAUUUAACAACUUAAAAAAUAUUUAUCUGUUUCUGUUACAGGUCCUAUGGAUUUUGCUCAUCUUCUAUUACCUUCAAAGUCUAAGACUUUGCAUAUAUUUAAUUUAUUCCUUACCUUGCCUUUUUUGUUUGUUUUAAGCUAAAAGAUCAUCUGUGGUCAUCAUUGACAGAGAAAAGCGCUGUGCUAAAAUACCCAGUUAUUUGAUGAACAACCAAUGAUAGUGCAAAGAAAAUUUGAAGUAAAGUGAAAUUUGUCUUCGGCAGCCAUCUCACCUAUUUCUGUAUCAUGUUUACAUGGCAGUUAUAUAAUCCUUAAUGUUGAUGAAAAUUUAAGUUGUGACUAGCAUCAGGCUUUUCUUAAAGAUGCUCCUCUUCUCAGGCUUAGCAAUUGUAUCUCCCUUCUGGAAGGGUAAGAUGUACGUGUAGCUGAGUCUUUUCUAACAGCUUACUGAACACAGUUAACAUAGCAGAGUACCCUCAGGCUAUGUUUGCUUCCACUUAUUUUAGUUGAAAUUUUUAGCCUCCUGUAGGUAUUGUUCAUAUUUAUAAUCCUAGAACCUAGAAGAAUACCUGACACUUACAGAUUAAUAAUAAAGACUUGAUGAGUUGAACAGAAAAGAAAAAAUCCUGGACAAUGCAAAAUAAUGUUUGCUGUCUUAAGGAGAAACUGAAUCGGAAAUAGUACAGUCUUCUGUUGUUGCUUCUCUUGGAGGUGACUGAGAUACUUUUAAGAAAUGAGUAAUUCAUAUUAAUAUAUAUCAGAUCCCCUACCUUGUUGUCUUGUUAAUAUUGAGCAAAAUACAGGCUUCCUGGGAACAGUUUCACUAUAAUGAUGUUUUAGUAUUCGGUAUAUAGUUUUGUUACUUCCGAAGAUUCAGUUUACACAUAGGAUAGAAACUUAGUUACUCAAGCAGAAAUCUUCAGUUCUGCUGUGAUAUAUUUUUAACAACCUUCAGGACCACCAAAUAAAAUAAUAAAUAUUUUCAGACUUAAGCUGAAGAGAGUAACAGACCUGAGUCUAUUCCAGAUUUCAUUCCCGUUAACAAUCUUUUUAUUAAAAGAUAGAGUAUUGGAAAUUUCAAAUAAAUUAUGUGAGCCUCUGAGACAGGAUUUAAUUUCUUCAGCCCUACAUUCAUCUUUAGCCAUCAGUCUUCACAUCUCUUAUUCCUCUUACUAAAAUACUUUCAUUCCAAGUAAAUAGAACAGCAAGAGCCUUAAUAGUACAGUUCAUAUAAUCUUUUAGUUAUAAGCAUACGCAUUAGAAUUUUUUUUUUUAACCAGAUAAAAGUUAAAGAAGGACUAAGGCAGCAUAAUACAGCGGAACAAACUGAACUUGGAGUCAGCAUACUUGUGUUGAGUCUUUAUCACUCGGUAACUGUGUGACCCAUCUAUAAAACAAGGGUAUCAAACUGAUUCCUAAAGUGCCUUUCUACUUUAAAGUAUGUUGUUUACCAAGUUUUAGCAUAAAUAUUAUUCUAUUAGAGAGUCAAAUUCUAAUAAAAAUCACCUUCUAUUAAUAAAGUAAAAGCAAGGCUAAAGCAAAAUAAAUGUGUAUAAAAAUUUCUAAAAUGUAAGGUAAGUUUUUUUUAUUGUAUUUUUGAUGAGUAAUUUCAACUAUCCAUCUUCUUUUUUAUACAUACAUAUAUAUAUUUAUAUUAAUCUCCUACCCUUGUUACAUUGUUGGCUACGAUAUAGCAAAGUUUUACCAAUUUCUUGUGUAGGUUGUUCCAUAAGUGGCUUUUAAAUAUAAAAUAAGUCUCAACAAGUCAGGUUUCUUUAAAGGAAGGAAAUCAGAUGAGUAAAAAUGGAAGAUUAGAGUCCUUUUAAAAAAUUACUUCUUGAAUAACUUCUAAGGAAGUUAUAGAGAUUUUUGUUUUUCUGUCCUGUAGCACAUGACUAGUUAUAAAGCCAAAUGUCUACUUCACUUUCUUGUUACGGCUCCCUGCAUGGGCAGUCAUGUGACUAACAAGACUCAGGACUAUAGAUAGAAGGAGCAGAGGUCAUCCUGUUUUAGAGGAAGGAAGGUUGCUGAUAGGAGGAAGGACAACAGCUGUGAAAAGAAAGUGCAGUCACUGACUUGAGAUCUUUGGACACAUUUCCAUAUCCACUGGCAGGAAAUGUGUAUGUUACCAUAUUUGUGAUACAAUCUGUUUCAAAGUAUUGAAAAAAAGAAUAAAAUCCCGAAUCAAACAAGUUUCAUUUCUAAUCCUCACAGUGAAGGGUAUGGUUUCAAUAAUAAUGAAGAUAAAUGAUUGGCCAGACACAGAAAUAGCAAGAAGAGGGAGCUUGCGACAGGAGUGGUAUCAAAAUUGUUGACUCCUCACCUUUGUAGUCACGGCCGUGAGGAGAGGGCACGGUGAUCUGUGACGAGGUCCUUAGUGUCGCAGACCAGUAGGAAUACACUGUGGGCCACAUACAUGAUUCUCAGUUUUCUAUACCCGUAUUUUAAAGAGUGAAUGAAACAGGUAAAGUUAAUUUUUAACUGAGUAGCUCUGAAAUACUUUAGCAUGCAAUCCAGUAUAUUAAAAAUUACUGUGAUGUUUCACAUUCUGUUUUUUGUACUAAGUGUUCGAUAUCCCCUGUGUAUUUCGCACUUUGUAUAUGCAGUCAGACUAGCCACAUGUUAAGUGAUCGGUUGUCACGUGUGGCUAGUGGCUGUGACUCUGGACAGUUCAGAUUUAGAUAAUUGCAUGGAACUAGAAAAGGAGAGUUACAUCCAACAGCGAUUUUUUUGUUUACCACUCCAAAUCCAGUGAAGUGUUAAAAGCUAAAGAAAAGGGACUUGGUGGUGGUGCUCCCAAAAGGUAUAAUUCAAUUCAGGUAUAAGACUUUGCAGCACAGUACUUUGCAAGUAGUGAGCACUCGUAACAUUCAACAAAUGGUAGCACUUUAUUUCCUGAUGGAAAAUUAGAGACUCUAGUACAACUUCCUUAUUUUACAGAUAAGCAAACCCGGAAUCUUAAAUCAUUAUAAUUGAACUGAUUUUUCUUAAAUCUGUUGAAACAUUCUUCCUUGAAAAUGUAUGAAAAGAUACAUUAGCGAUUCUUCUUCUAAUCAUUAACAUAGAAUUCUAGAUAGUCCUUUGGUAUACAGAGAAUUUAUUUCUUCAAACGGUUCCUUCAGAAGUGGCUAAGAAUAGAAGAUGGUACAAACAGGAAAGUUGUGGCUUGCUAUCUGAUCCUUUAAUGCACAUAAAGAUAUUAAAAAUCCUCAUCUUCCUUCCUCUUGUCACAUACUUUAAUUCUCAAGAAAUUGAAUAAUUUUAAGUAUUUUUCUUAAUACACUGAGUCAAAUGGAAACUUUGUAACUAAAGACAAUUAAGGUGAAGCUGCCCACUUGUUAAUACACAGAAAUUUUUUUUUUUAAUUUAUUAACACCAGUUAGUGGGAUUAAACUGAUUUAAGGGACUUCUUUGAGGAAAAAAGUUCUAUUUUAAAUUUAUAUGUGUAACUGUUUAAUAAAACUCAAAUCAGACAGAA